UAAUAAUAACGUUCUUGGUGCAUGAAAAUUGUGAAUGAUCAUGAUUGUCACACUUUUGCAUAAUAUCAAAAUUGGAAUAAAAUUAAUUUUUAUUGUCGCCCAUUAUGACGGAUGAUACAUCGCUCGAGAAUAUUUUAGAACAAUUAUUCGAUUGUGUACAAUUAGGAGUAGAAUGGAGUUCGGAGAAACUUCAAUCAAUGUGUCCUUCCAAGAAAAGAAAACCGAAAAAGAAAUGUAAGCCAGAGAAAGCUGAAGAAGAUUCUGACAUAGGUCCACCUUGUAUAGAGCAACAACCAUAUAUACUUCCUAGUCAAAUUUGUCCUAAAUCGGUCUCUUGUUGUUAUAUAAAAAUGCAGGAUCCUUAUGCCCCAUGCUGUUGCGAGACGAAACCGCAACCACCCCCAUGUCCCCCCAAAUGUUAUCAUCGCCAACCACGAGAACCAACCUGUGGUUGUGAUCUCUGCAAAAAGAGUGUCGAGAGCAAGUUUUGUGAACCGAUCGCGGCUUUUCGUACUGCAGCCAGUGAUUCAGAAUAUUUCAAAACAUAAAAAUUUCUCAGUCAAUUAGAUAAUCUCUAUGGCUCAAAAGUUCCAGUAG